UCUCUCUCUCUCUGUCUCUCUCUCAUACCCACUUUUCCUCUCCCUCUUCAUCAUGGAGAACCACAGCAAAGUUGACAGUCCCACCAAUGUGUCCCUGGUGGGCAGCGACACUGUCCUGGGCCUGAUUGAGUACAAGACUGUCUCUGUCUUUUUGGUGCUGCUGAUCUGUGGGGUGGGCAUCAUUGGCAACAUGAUGGUCGUAGUAGUUGUGCUGACUACCCGGGACAUGAGGACACCCACCAACUGCUACCUGGUCAGCCUGGCCUUGGCCGACCUCAUGGUACUCCUGGCAGCUGGACUGCCCAAUGUCUCAGACAGCCUGGCGGGGCAAUGGAUCUACGGGCAUGCUGGCUGCCUUUGCAUCACCUAUUUUCAAUAUCUUGGAAUCAACGUUUCUUCUUGUUCCAUCAUGGCAUUCACUGUGGAGAGGUAUAUAGCUAUCUGCCAUCCCAUAAGGGCCCAGACGGUGUGCACAGUAUCCCGGGCCAAGCGUAUCAUCACUGGGGUCUGGGUGGUCACAUCCGCCUACUGCAUGCUUUGGUUCUUCCUUGUUGACAUCAAUGUCACCAAGAGCCAGAGUCUGGAAUGUGGUUACAAAGUUUCCAGGAACCUCUACUUGCCCAUCUACCUGCUGGACUUCGCCAUUUUCUUUGUCACCCCCUUGGUGGUGGCCACUGUCCUCUAUGGGCUAAUUGGGAGGAUACUCUUCCUGAGCUCUCUCUCCCAUAUACCCAGUUGUGCAGGUACAGAGGGCUACCCAGAGGGGAAUGCCCCAGAGAAGGGACAAGACGCCAAGGCAGAACCGGGCAAGGCUGGUGGUCGCUCUCGAACCAGAGGGGCCCUGUCUUCCAGGAAGCAGGUCACCAAGAUGCUGGUUGUGGUGGUGGUACUCUUUGCUGUCCUAUGGAUGCCUUACCGGACCCUGGUCCUAGUGAACUCCUUUAUGGACCACCCCUACCUUGACCCAUGGUUUCUCCUAUUCUGUCGAAUCUGUGUCUAUGCCAACAGCGCCAUCAACCCUAUUGUUUACAACCUCAUGUCCCAGAAGUUCCGGAUGGCCUUUAAGAGGUUGUGCAAAUGCUCAGAGGAAGAGCCCCAACGGCGGAUGGUCUACUUGACCACUACUAGCUACAGUGUGGUACAAGAGUCCUUCCAAGCCAAGGCCAGGGCUUUGGGCAAGAAGCAAGGGCAAGUUCAGCCUCCCUUGCAGCAGGAACAGGGGCCUGAGGGUUCCCAGCCAGCUGGCCAACAAGCCAGUCAAGAAAAACCAUAUUUCAGUGUGGUCUAGCACCUUCCUGUUCCCUCCUUCCCCUGCUUUUUCCUUUCUCUUAGAACCUUGCAUGAGUGAGUUCUUCUACUGGUCUAUAUUCCUUUAGCUUCUAAAGACCCUUCAAGUCAACAAAAGAGGUAUGUGACAAGAUGAUGAAGAGAUAUCACCUUAAGGACGAAUAGGCCAAUCUUAACAGAGAAGUAUUUUCCUACUAGCACACCGGAGAACCUGGUGGGCAGCUCUGGGUACUGCUCUGGAAAUAGUAGCAGUAGGGUCAAGAAUAGGGGGACAUAAGAUAUUCCAUGUGGAGAACAAACUGGGAAUGAAUGUAGGCAGUCUAAGUAGAACAAAUCUUUGUCAUUUUCCACUUUUCCAACUACAUAAAGACUCUGGACCUCUGACCCAAUGAACCUUCUUCUCGAGGUUAAGGACCCAAGGAAAGGAUAGGUGCUGGCUAUCUGGAAAAUAGUUGGAUAAAUGGAAAUUGACUCUAUUAUGAUACAGAAAGAUAGACCUUUGCUUGCUGUUAGACCUGAUAUCCCUAAUCCCCAAAAUGAAGUCUCUAUGAAUGGAAAAAAAAAAAGUAAAAUUGCACUGAAAAAUAGCACUAAUUGAAGGCAGUGCUCAGGUUUUCUGUUCUGUUAGAUUUGGGAAAUCAGUGAGACCUGUUUUCAGACCAAUACA